AUGGACUUCAGCGAGUUCGGCGACUACGUCUCCACCCCCAACACCUCCGAGUCCAAUCCCUCCAACCCCUUUGCCGCUAGCUCCGUCAACCCCGCUGCUCCAAGUGCCACCGCAGUCCAGCUUAUCAACAUCCGAAACCAUGUCACCGUUAUCCUUGACUUCGAGGAGUCCAAUUUUUGCAUAUGGCAGACCUUCUUCAACCUUACUUUUCGCAAGCUUGGUCUCCUUGAUCACAUCGAUGGCUCCGUCGACGCUCUCAUGGCUCUCGGCGACGUCGAGUGGACUCAAAUCGACCAAUGCAUAGUCUCCUGGUUGUACACCACCGUCUCCAAGGACAUUCUCGAGAUCAUCAUCCAGCCCUCCCACACCGCCGCCAACGCUUGGACCGUCAUCACCGAGCUCUUCCGCGACAAUCGCCUUCAACGCUCCAUCUUCGCUAAGCGUGACUUCCUCAACCUCGUCCAGGGCGAUCUCUCUGUCACCGCCUUCGCGAGCCGCCUCAAGUGUCUCUCCGACACGCUUCGCGACGUCGGCACUCCGGUCAAUGACCAGGACAUGCUGACCACCUUCAUCAACGGGCUGAACGGCGAGUUCGGCCACUGCAUCGCCGCCCUCACCAUCAACCCUGCUGGUCUAACCUUCGCCCGUGCACGCGGCGCUAUUUUGCAGGAAGAACGCUGGCUUGCCCGCCAUGCUCAGCAAAUCCGGGCGACGGCCCUCGUCGCCAACCGGUUCUCCGCGCCGCCGGCUUCACCGGCCUCGCGGCCCCCCGUGCCUUCUCCAACGUCUGCUGCUCCUGCAUCGGGCGGGCGUGGCCGCGGCAAAGGCCGCAAGAAGCAGCAGCAGCCUCAGCAGGGGCUCGGCGCUGCUACUGGCGCUGCUCCUGGACGGGAUCCGGCUGCACCCUUCUGGCCCGUCGGCAGCUACCCGCUGUCCGGCAUGUUCCAGGCCUGGCCGCCGAACUGGCGUGCGCCCGGCGCCGGUCUCCUUGGCCCGCGCCCUGGUGUCUCCACCCCGCAGGCGUACACUGCUCAUCUCGGGCAGCAAGGCUACGGUACUCCUUCGGUCUACAACGGUUUCCCCCCACCGUCCCUGCCGCUCCAGCCCCCUGCAUGGGAUCAGACGCAGCUUCAUGCCGCCCUCAACAACCUCUCUGUGCAGCAGGGCGGUGCCGGCGGAAGCGGCUCCAACUGGUUUUUUGACACAGGCGCGACUGCCCAUAUGACUAGCGAUCCCGGAUCGUCGUACCCGCGCAGUGAUUCUCCGAUGUGA